CUUCUCUGCCCACCCCCCACCACCGUCAGGCAGGUUCCUUUCUGUCUACAUCCUAUCGAUCGUCUUAUCGAGCGCUGAUUGACACGGUCUGUUCGAUACAAUGGCCGCUGCUAUCCCCCCUAUCACCGGCAUGCUCCGCCGUGGUCUCGUCUUGGACCUGAGCACCGCCUUUGGUUUCGGUACCACCUUCGGCUACCUCUGGUGGUACGGCUACCACCUUCCCCGUGUCCGUGAGCGCGACACCUUCUACACCCGUCUUGAACAGGAGCGCGCCGCCCAACGCGCAUAAAUCGGUCAACCUCGCCUCGCCUCGAUUGUUUCCUUUUUGUCCGUCGGCUGCAG